AUAGGUUGUUUCUUGUAUAAUUAAUUCUGGAAUAUCAUAUGCUUUGUCAAAUCGUAGUCAAUCACCUUUAAUGUAUUCUUGGCAUGAUAAAGAAUAUAUUGGUGCUGCUCAUGGGUUAGCAGGGAUAUUAUAUUUGCUAUUACAGGCACGGCAAUAUUUAACGCAAGUACAGAUUGAUGAUUAUAUAAAACCAUCUUUAUAUUAUCUUCAGAAAUUGCAAUUUUCUUCUGGAAAUUUUCCAUCUUCAACGGGCAAUUCUUCUGACAAACUAAUACAAUGGUGUCAUGGUGCACCUGGAAUAUCUUCAUUGUUUUGUUUGGCUUAUAAGGUCAGAUAAAUUUUAUAUAGAAUUUUU